ACCCACAGCUUACGAACCUCUACUAGUAGUGCCAGUGCCUCAACCUACCGAGUACCUGUCUCCUGUCACCUCUCACCUCUCAAGCAAUUAGACUCCUUCCUCUCUACUGUCAAACGACAAAUUGCCUGGAGCAAGAAGUCGCAAAUCCACCAACAUUCCGCAGACCAACGCAGGUCGCUCGCACUCAUUUACUCCCAAGUUUCCAUUGCGCCCCUCUUUCCCUAUCCAGCCUGACGCAAGAUAAAAGUCAAAGCCGAGACCACCAAACCGCAACACUUCGCCUCUCCCACCUUCAUAACUUCCAUCCCGACCGAAUCACCCCACCAAAGCAUACAAUCAUGGCAGCCAACGAGCAGGUUGACCUCUCCACCAUCCCCAUCUCUCCCGAGGGUGGCAACGAUCCCGAAGCGAACAAGAAGCCCAGCGCCGUUGAUUCGCAAGAGCAGAUCACGGUCUUUCACGACAAGGAUAACUUCAAUGUCAAGCACCCUUUGGAGAACAAAUGGACCCUUUGGUUCACCAAGCCACCAAGUGGAAAGGUUAGAUAUGUGCACCAUGAGCUGGAAUCGAGGUUUAGCUAACAGCUUUGCAGGGCGAUAACUGGAAUGAUCUCUUGAAAGAGGUUAUCACCUUUAAUUCAGUCGAGGAGUUUUGGGGUGUCUAUGUAUGUAUAAUUCCCCCCUCCAUUAUCCACCUUAUGCAAAGGUGAAUAGCACUAAUCCACCAUAGAACAAUGUCGCACCAACCUCUGAACUCGCCCUCAAGUCCGACUACCACCUCUUCAAGCAAGGCGUCCGUCCCGAGUGGGAGGAUCCUCAAAACAAGCACGGCGGAAAAUGGUCCUACCAAUUCAAAGAGAAGCGCAAUGUCCCCAUCGACGAGCUCUGGCUUCAUGUCAUGCUAGCCGCCAUCGGUGAGACGCUCGAGGGGGUUGGCGACGGAGAGAUUAUGGGUGUCGUUGUCAACGUACGAAAAGGCUUCUACCGUAUCGGUGUCUGGACCCGCACAAUUGGCAAGAGCAUCCCCAAUGGUGGAGACGGUGAUGUCGCAGGUGGCAAGGGACGCUCCAUCGAGAAGGGUCGCGAUAUUCUUCUGGCAAUUGGACGGCGGUUUAAGGAGGUUCUCGCGUUGCCUGCUACGGAAGUGGUGGAGUUUUCGGGUCAUACUGAUAGUGCGCACAGUGGUAGUACUCGUGCGAAGGCCAAGUAUACCGUUUAGAUGGUUGUGUCUUGGUAUCUAUCUUUGAUCCGCCGAUUUCCACAUUUACUUCGACAUGAGAUUACGAAAUGGGAUAUCCAGGCAUGGAAUGCAGAGGGCACGCAGUAUCUGCAACCGAGGGUAUUGCGCUGAUUCCUUGUGAGGCCUUUUUCUUGCUUCUUUUGCUCCCAGGGCAAAAUAAUGGCGAUGGUAACACGAAAUAUCAUACUUGCAUGCAGCAUGUUGUUUUUUUCGGGCCUACUACCAGACUCACGCUCAUACCUGGCUGGCGUUUUUGUGGUUUCUUUCCAAGGGGAAAAGGCAAUUUUUGCAAGCAAAGUCUGGUUUUUUUGCUUUUUUCUUUUGCUACAAAUUACCCAUAAGUUUGUCCAUAGAGAGAGCCAUUAUUGAGAAUUACAAAAAAAGUGUUGAAAAGU